AUGUGGCCUCCCAUAUGCACGGUCAAAAUUCAUAAGGAUGUCUUCAAAUUGGUCAAGAGCAGGGUUCGGAGAGAAGAGAAGACCUGUGUCUUCCAGCCAGGAAUUGUGAUAGCGAUCAGUGGACCUUUGGAGGAAUGCAAUGGCACUGGCAGGUGGUUGACUUGGGACUGUUGAUCCUCCCGCCUGAAUAGCGACUGCAGAAGAUGUCAAAGGAGCUUUGCCAUCAAUGGUGCAUAUAUCUACACAUUGUUGUUUGGAUAUUGUAUGCUCAUUGACAGGGCUUCAAAGCUGUUUGGUUCCCUUGUCUGAUCUAGUUUGCCUAUGGGUGUCUGCAAUUUCCCCACUAUCAAGUUUUCUGUUGCGGUUAUUUGACAUUUCCAUAUACUCUUUUUUGCUAAUACUUUUCCAAUGUGUUGCUCCAGAUU